UGUUAUCUCUGAUAAGACAUUGUGCAUCACAAGAUACAGACAUCCUACAAGGAAUUGAUACAAUAUGCAAUAAACUUGAUGACCUGAAGAAAGGACUUGAAGAGCUAAAGCAGGAGCAACAGCAGGGACAAGAGGCCAUAAAGCAAGGACAGUCAGGUCUACAGAAAGGACAAGAGGACAUAAAGCAAGGACAGUCAGGUCUACAGCAAGGACAAGAGGACAUAAAGCAAGGACAGUCAGGUCUACAGCAAGGACAAGAGGACAUAAAGCAAGGACAGUCAGGUCUACAGCAAGGACAGGAGGCCAUAAAGCAAGGACAAAAGGAGAUACUCAAAGGAAUUCAAGAUCUGCAUAAACCAUCACCAUCUUCAAGUGCAGAUGUAGACUUGUAUUCCAUCAAACUCAAGGAAGCGAUAACAAUGCAGACAGAUUUGCUACCAAGAAGAAUAGAUCAAUCAAGGCUGCCCCUGAAAACUGACGAUAUUUUCACAAAUUUAACUGUAUACCAAGGCAAGCAAAAAUCUCUGCAUGAAAAAGCUGAAAAAAGUCAAUGYGCUCGAAAGACCGUGACUGAGAUCACAGAGAUAUUUGUCAGUGGCGAAAACGAAGAAGAGAAUCCCAAGUCAAUUCUAAUUUCAGGCGAACCAGGUAUCGGAAAAACACUGUUCUCGCACAAAAUCGUCAGAGACUGGUCAACAGAUUGCAUAUCGAUCCCUAACAUUAAAUUUACUUACCUGAUAACGUUCAGACAACUUGUCAUGCUUGGAAACAAAGAGCUCACCCUCAGAGAACUGCUUAACCGCUCCCCGCUGUUGAACGAAAGAACCAUGAUUGACGAGAAAGUGAUGACACACAUCGCUCAGCACUCAGACCAGUUAUUUAUCAUAUUUGAUGGAUAUGAUGAAUACAAAGACCACAAUGAAUUAUUGGGAGAUUUUGAAAAACAAUUUGAAAAUGAUACUAAAACCAAGAUGCCAGUAGCUGCUCUGAUCAGCAAAGUAAUCCAAAGGAAGAUCUUGCGCGACUCAGUCAUCAUAAUAACUUCAAGACCGGGCGAAGCCGACGAGUUGGACAAAAAACUCCACUUUAACAGAUGUGUGGAAAUUACGGGAUUCUCAGAAGAACAGGUCCUUCAAUAUGUUGAGAAGUAUUUUAACUCUAAACCAGAAGAAGUAAAAAAGAUGGCCAUGGAGAAA